AUGGACGAAAUACCGACAAUAGAAGAGAUUAAGCACGCUGCGAUCAGCAUCCAGCCAUUUAUCCACAAGACGCCCGUCCUUUGCAGCAAAACGCUCGACAGCUUUGCGACAGACGCCCUCGGAUGCAAGACAAGUCUCUUAUUCAAAUGUGAAAACUUUCAAAAGGUCGGAGGUGCGCAUUUUAUCGCCGUCUGGUUGCUCCUGCUCACUCCAGGCCGAUUAGCCUUCAAGAUGCGGGGCGCCACCUACGCCAUCCAGCGGCUUUUACAGACUGUUUCAGAUCCAAAAACGCUCACAGUCAUCACCCACUCCUCUGGAAACCACGCCCAGGCGCUCGCGCUUGCCGCUCGACAACUCGGUGUCAAGGCGCACGUCGUGAUGCCUCGCACGGCUCCUCUCGUCAAAAAGAAUGCCGUCUUGGGAUACGGAGCGACAGUUACCGAAUGCGAACCCACUUUAGAAGCGCGCGAAGCGGCGACGGACAGCUUGUUUGAGCGUCUGCCACGAGAGGCAAACGAGCGUGGGGAACAAUGCACAGUCCGAUUCAUACCGCCAUAUGACCAUCUUGACAUCGUGAGAGGUCAAGGAACUGUCGCGUUUGAGCUUGUCGAUCAAGCCGACAACCUCGACCGGCCGCUGGACAUAGUGAUCACUCCUGUCGGUGGAGGUGGCCUGCUCAGCGGCGUCUCAGUGGCUACCAAGGGGCUCCGUUCCAAUACGCUCGUAUUCGGAGCCGAACCGACUGGAGCAAACGAUGCUCAAAAGUCGUUUCGUUCAAAGACGUUUCAUCCAUCGGUCAAGCCAAAUACUAUUGCAGAUGGACUCCUCACAUCAUUGGGAAAGAUUACCUUUCCUCUCAUCUUGGCAAACGUGGACGAUAUUUACACCGUAACCGACCAGGAGAUUGCAGCAGCAAUGCGACUCAUCUGGGAACGACUCAAGAUUGUCGUUGAACCCUCUUCGUGUGUCACAUUAGCCGUCGUGCUCUUCUCUACAGAGUUUAGAGACCGGAUAGCGCAGCUUGGCCGCCCCUCUAUCAAUAUUGGGCUUGUGCUCAGCGGAGGAAACGUAGAUUUGAAGAACUGUCUCUCCAUCUUGGCUGAUGCAUAG